ACCGGAAGCCGAAAGCCGGAAGGAGGGCUGUGAAGACGUGUUCGGAGGAAGCCGGAGCCCGACCCGGCUGGGCCGGCGCCAUGGAGCCGCUGUACCAGCAAACGCACAAGCAGGUCCACCAGAUCCAGUCUCACAUGGGACGCCUGGAGACGGCAGACAAGCAGUCUGUGCACUUAGUAGAAAACGAAAUCCAAGCAAGCAUAGACCAGAUAUUCAGCCAGCUAGAACGCCUGGAGAUUUUGUCCAGCAAGGAGCCCCCCAACAAAAGACAGAAUGCCAAACUUCGUGUUGACCAGUUAAAGUAUGAUGUCCAGCACCUGCAGACUGCUCUCAGAAACUUUCAGCAUCGGCGAUACGCAAGGGAGCAGCAGGAGAGACAGCGAGAGGAGCUUCUGUCUCGCACCUUCACCCCCAACGGGACUCAGAAGAGGAUCCUUGACAUUGCCAACAUGCUGGGCUUGUCCAACACGGUGAUGCGGCUCAUCGAGAAGCGGGCUUUCCAAGACAAGUACUUUAUGAUUGGUGGGAUGCUGCUCACCUGUGUGGUUAUGUUCUUCGUGGUGCAGUACCUGACAUGAGCCAGCUAAGCCCAGCAGCUGGACAACGUUCCCACUUCAUGAGCGUGUGUGACUGUGUAUGUGUGCGUGAAAGAGAGAAGGGGGGCCCAGAGGCCAUGUUUUAAAAUGUAUGUCCGUCUUAACUGUGAAAACCACUCAGAAGUAAUUGUGAUCUGUAACCCAGUGAGCGUUUCAAACCUGCUCUGUUUGUGACAUCUUGGAGAGGAUGCAAGGAAAUGAACGAAGUACCUGUUCUCUCUUUGUCACUCUCGCUCACUGGGGGAGGAGGUGAUGUAAUGGUAGGGGAUGAAGUAAGGAAAGGAAAAGAAUGGCUUUGGUGGUUUUGUCCACAUAUAUGCGUGUCCCGGAGGGCUUUCACAGUGACCCUUUCGGACAGGACUGUCCACACUUUGUCAUCAUCCAGCUUUUCCGGCUCCUAAUGGACAGGAUGGAGCAGAAGCGGAGAGAAGGAGGGGAAAGAGGUCUUCUUUCCCUGCAUUCAUUAUAGUAAAUGGAUUCACAUGCAACUAGCCACUUCACCCCCAAAAUGACAUGCAGAUGACUGACAGCUCCUACUUGUCACCUUUUCCCAGAGCAGCUCCCUAGAGGAAACGGGCAUUGGUGCGGUUGCUGACGAGUAAGAUUUUCCACAUUACAGCUGUUGGGUGUUGCUUCUUUCUAAACCUAGGCCACUGUUAUUCUCUGGGCAUGUGCAGUCUUAAGACUAAAGACCCUAGUUACUGGAAUAGUUGGCUUUUAAGGUUCCAAGACUGCAGCCUGGCACCCAUGUCCAGGCUUUGUUGGGCUUUGGCCUCUUAGAAAGUAGCUGUGAGCAAAGGUUAGUGAUUUGUCCAUUGCAGUCUCAUCUCUAGUUUUAACAUCCCUAUCUCUUUGGCUCUCUUUUCUUCCCUUGUAAUAUAUUAACUGCCAGCCAAGCCCCCCCUCUGCCUAGCCAGUGUGGGCAGGUGCCACCCUAAAACUGUCUCUGGUGUCCUUGUGAGACCAGAUCCUUUUCCCUUUUCUGACCAACCCUGGAUUAGGAAUGGUGCAUCGUAGACUUUAUUGUAAAGGCAGUCUGUCUGUUUUAAUUAAUUGCUGAAAGUACCAGAAAGACCUGGUUGGCAUAUUGUUUUCAUCGAUGGCAGGCCCUCCCAGCCCUAUGCUCAGUAGCCUUACAGCGAGACAUAAGCUAGCACUCAGAAUCUCCCAGACUGGAAACCCGGUCAGUAUUAUUGCCACCUUAGAUGGUGUUGCUCCACCUACUGUCUUUAUUUCACCACGUGGACUGUUUUCUGUCUUUCCCUUUUCUGUGUGUGUUCCAUUCAACCUCCCUUUUUACCUCCCUCCUGUUUCUGUAGCAGUAUUGGUCUUUUAAGCAACAUCUGUGGCAUAGAUCCCCUUUUGGUAAGUGUUUCUUAAUAGUCACAGAUUUUUAACCCGAGUUUCCUGGGUACUGAUUUCACACUUUUGGUGGAAUCUCCUUUGCUCUGGCCCAUGGGUUUUCAAGGAAGGGAGAAUCCAUGACCCCUUCGUAAAAGAAUUGAAGGCCCUGACAGAGUGAAAAUGGAGGGUGGAGAGAGGGGUUGAGGCAUCUUCAGACUGAGAUCUAACUUUGGGGAGGUACAGUUUGAAAUUUCCCUCACAUCCAGCAACUCUGCCGUCCUCAGGACCCAGCAUAGGCCUCUUAGCAGUCCAUAAAAUGGGUUUGGGUUUUUUUUAAACUGCACAGACCUGGACACCGGAUCUUGCCAGACAGUGCACUUUGGAGGAAGGUGCAAAAGGAGCAGCUAAGCUAUUUUGGACUUGAACUCUGGGAGAGCAAAACUCACUCGCCCCCCCCCCCCCCCCCAUUGGCUGAUGUGACAUCUGUUUGUAGUGUGCACCACUGUGUUUCCACACUUGCCUUUAUAGUGAUUGUUAGCCUUGAUGAACCAGCAGUAAGGCCUUCCCUGACCUUCAGAGCCAUUCUCCCUACUCUGUAAUAAAAACUGUGGAGGCAUUUUGUGGGUCUUCCAUUCUGGCUAGGGAACUGUGGCUUCAGUGUGUCUGUGAGAAACGCACGCACUCUUCUGUCUCCGCAGUCCCAUGUAGGCCUGUAGGGAAGGGCCCAAGGCCAGGGCAGGAGCACCAUCUAGUGGAGUCAGGGUGAAUUACCAGGUUGAGCUGGUGCAAGAAUCUCCAGUUGACAGUCUCUGUGACCUUGUCCGGGCUUUUGGUAAAAGGUUUGCCUGCUGUGGUUUAAGACAAGUGGGUUGUCAAGGAACUUGGGAAUAUCUUUUUUCUGUGGCAUUUACUCGUGUGACCACCUUAAGAAAAGCCAAAUUCGAAGACCAAAUAAAUUGGAGAGUCUUGACUUUCAUAGGCUUCAUUGCUGGGAUUUUUCCUAAGUCGUCUGCCCUAAUGAACUUAAAUGGGUUUUAUUUGCAAAUUUGGACUUAAACCCAUUGUUUUUUAAACACAUCAGUUGAAUAAAAUUGAGAUUUGUUUUAUUUAGAAUGUUA